UCCCAUUACUAACAGGUUGUGAUGUCACUCAGGUAAAGUUUGUUGUUGCACAGUUGGAUCAGUGACUUCAUGGCAGAAACACAAGCUUGCAGCCUGACAGACAGAAAGACAUUAAAGACAGCGUACGUUGGAUUUGUGCAGAUCUUGAGGAUCUAGGACAUUUAAAGAAAAGAAUCACAGGCCGGAGCGAUGGAACAGGACAAACAGAUGGAGAAGAGCGGAAACAAAUCUGAGAGCAUGACGGAGGAGAGCUUCAUCAAAGACCUGUACUUCUUCAUGAAGCAGAGAGACACACCGAUAGAGAGAAUCCCUCACCUCGGCUUUAAACAGAUAAACCUGUACCUGAUGUUUAAAGCGGUGAUGGAGCUGGGAGGAUAUCACCAGGUGACUGCACAGCAGCUCUGGAAAAAAGUGUACAACAUUCUCGGAGGAAACCCUCGAAGCACCAGCGCAGCGACGUGCACACGCCGUCACUAUGAAAAACUCCUUCUUCCGUACGAGUAUCACUUAGCCGGAUACGGAGAUGAGAUUCCCAUCAGGUUACCUCGACAACGCAAACGCUUCCACCCUGAGGACGAGUACAGCCAGGGCUCCAAACGUGCAGACUUCACACACUUACACCAGUUUAAUCAGUACCUCCCACCUGGUCCCAUGUCUCUACCCAGCUACAUGGCCAUGUCCCUGCCCCCUGUCCCUUCCCUCAGCUCUCCACUCCAAAGUAGACCCAUGAUGCCUUACAUCCCUCCUUCAUCGGUGGACACAGGAAACGUUAAACAAUCGCUGGACUUCCUGCGUCAGCUUGCUCAGGAGUACAAAUCGUCCUCCGGAUGGACGGAGCCUCUGAACCUCAGCAAGAAACAAAGCAGGCUGGAGGCAUCCAGCAGCAUUCCAUCAUCGUUCACGUCUAUCGCCGCUACAAAGAAGGAACCCAAGUUUUUAAAUGAAGCCCCUCCACUUCAACAAGGCAAUCAGUCAGGAGUCUGUGAAGCUCCGACUCCUGCACCUGCAGUCAAAACCUUCAGGGUUGAAUCACCUGUGAUCAGCGUCACAUCUUCUUGCUCCAGCAGUCCAAACUUGUGGAAAGUGGCUCCAAGUUCCACUCCUCCUUCUCCUCCACCUCCACCUCCUCCUCCUCCUCCUCCCUCUCAUAGGCCAAAUUACCCCAGCACAGUCCAAACCAAAUAUACUCCACAACAAAGUCUACCAAUGUCCAAAUCAGGAUCCUCGGCCACGUCUCAGCUGAGCCCUGGACCCACAAGCCCUACUUUAGCAUUAGACCCAUACGGAGGAAUGGAGAUCCAAAUCCCAUUGUCUUUGCUCCAGAAUCUGAUCAGGGAAGGUAUUUUGAACACUAAUCAACAUUAUUUACCCAGAUCCAAGCUCAACGGAUCUCCGUCACUGCCUGAAAGAAUGACCUUAGAAACUAACACUUCUGAACCUGCAGAUCUGAGCCUGAAGAACCAAGUGAGAAACAUCAAGAGUGACAUCAGCGUGAAUGCCAGCAGGACGGCUAACGAAAGGCAGGCAGCCGAGAGCAAAUAUUUUGCUGUGAAGCCCUUGCAAGCACCUGCACCUGCACCUGCACCUGCCAAGUUUCCUUUUUACAAUUACGUUUCUCACCUUAAAUCUCAACCACAAAGAGUUUUUCAGGCACAAUCGAUCUGCACCAAGCAAGUACCUUCAACCAGGCCUCAAAUCUCCAGCAUACACUAAGGAUCGACUCUGGUAUGAUGUCAGAACAAACGACAGCCAACUGAAUAAAGUGAAGCUCUUCAUACUUAGCCAGAUCGAUCCAGAGCAUCUGAAACUUCUGUUUACAAGCUGAACCACCAGAGAGGAACCAGAGAUGGAUGAGAUCAGAACAAAGAUUUUGAACCUUGCAAUUUUACAAUUUUGCAUCUUUU